AUGGGCCAGCAGCCGAGCUGCUGCGCAGACGAAGGGCCCGAGGUACCCAAAGAGGUCCUCGAAGCGGUCGCCUAUGGCGAGAGCAUGGACUCGUCAACCACAUCAGUCCCGAAAGCCGAAGAAGACGGUGACCCGUGUCCGGAUGCUGCCGUCACUGCCGCCACCACAGCCGAAAACGGAACGAGAACGCCAAGUAAGUGGAGCCGAAUGGAGAAAAUGAGCCAUUUGGAGGUGGAUACAGAAAUCCUGCGUGGCGUCUCCCUCCGCGCAACUUUGCGGAACUUUGGAAGACUCUGGCGCCAGUCCCCCAUCGACCUGGCUGAAGAGGAUCGUGCGAGCCUUUGGGAUCGUUCUGAGCCGGUGGAGGCCUUUGACAUCUUCCUCUCGCACACGUGGCGCACGGCUGGAAGGUGGAAAGUGCUGUCUCUGCUCUUCCAGUCUGGGCUCGGGUUCACGCUGCUUUGCACGGUCGUCUGCGUGGCAACCACGGUGACGCUGUGCCUGAACCAGGUGAUCAAAAUGCCCUUCACUUUCCUCGCAUCACACCCGCGUUUCAGCGAGGAGUGCCCAUAUUCUCCCUGGCCCUCUGUGGCCGGAUUGCUCGGGACCCUCUUCGGCCUGUUUCUGUCGCCGUAUUUCCUGGAUGGCUGCGACAGGACCAUUUGCUUUCUGGACGUGGUCAGCAUCCAUCAAGUCGACAGGGAACUCAUGGAGCGCGGCAUAUACGGCUUGGGCGGAUUUCUGCGGAUGUCCAAAGAGCUCAGAGUCCUCUGGUCCGAGCCGUACCUAUCCAGGCUUUGGUGCGUCUUCGAACUGGCUGCCUACCGGCACGCGAAUCCGACCGGUCGCAUUCGCCUGACUCCCGUGUUUAUCGAGGUUGGACUCCUCUCCUUAAUUCUGGGCUCAUACUUCGCGGCAUUCCUCUUCUUCGCGGUGUUCGCGGCAAGGCUGGCUCUGGCUUUGCGACCCGUGGCCUUUGCCAUCGCGCUGGUCCCCGUCUACGUGCUGAUGCACGUCAUGCGCGUGAACACCCGGGCGAAGCAUCGCCUGAUCUCCGAGCUGAAAGGCUUUGACCUGACGCAG